UUAUUUGAUAAGCAAACAAAAAAAUACCCAAUUUACCCUACUAAUUUAAAUGAAGCUAUAUCACAAUUGAAUAAUAUUCAAAAUAACGAUUUAUGUUUAUUUAAAAGUGAUCAAUUUGUUUUUGUUCCCGAAACCAAUGACUUCGUUUGUAUAACAACAAGCCAAAAUUUAAAUGUUAUGUCGAAACAAACCGAAUUAUUCGGAGAUGGUACUUAUAAUAAUUUUGCACCAAAAUUUUUUUUACGGUUAUAUACAUUACACACAUAUUAUGUAAACGGUUUUCACGUGCCUAUUACUUAUUUUUUUUUACCGAACAAAACAAAACAAAUUUACAUUAAAAUGUGGAAGUAUCUCUUGAAAAUAUGUCUAGCUCUUAACGUUCAAAAGCUGAAUUUGGACUUCGAAAUCGGUGCUCACGAAGUAGUCAAAGAAAUAUUUCCAAAUGUGAUUAUUGAAACUUGCCGUUUUCAUAUAGUCCAAGCUUGGCGGAGAAAAAAAUAA